UACUAUCGCUCGGCCAUGUCGCAGGGCUCGCAGGGGCGGGAGUACGUCCACCCGGAGUUCUUCGAGCACCUCUGGGACAUUCUGGAACAGCCGAUCUGUGCGGUUCAGCCGAUUGACCUGAAUUUCCUGGAAGAAGCCACGGACAAUGGCCCCACAAACAAGAUCGAGAUCAGCAUGGAUUGCAUUCGGAUGCAGGAUGCGGACCUCGGGGACCCCAUGUGGCCGCAGUACACCAACCUGGGGCUGCUGAAUGGCAUGGACCAGCAGAUCCAGAACGGCUCCUCGUCCACGAGCCCGUACAACACAGAGCACGCGCAGAACAGCGUGACGGCGCCCUCGCCCUACGCCCAGCCCAGCUCCACCUUCGACGCGCUGUCGCCCUCCCCAGCCAUCCCCUCCAACACGGACUACCCCGGGCCCCACAGCUUCGACGUCUCCUUCCAGCAGUCCAGCACCGCCAAGUCCGCCACAUGGACGUACUCCACGGAACUGAAGAAGCUGUACUGCCAGAUCGCCAAGACGUGCCCCAUCCAGAUCAAGGUGAUGACCCCCCCGCCCCAGGGCGCCGUCAUCCGCGCGAUGCCCGUGUACAAGAAGGCCGAGCACGUCACAGAGGUGGUGAAGCGCUGCCCCAACCACGAGCUCAGCCGGGAGUUCAACGAAGGCCAGAUGGCUCCUCCCAGCCACCUGAUCAGGGUGGAAGGAAACAGCCAUGCCCAGUACGUGGAGGACCCCAUCACCGGGAGGCAGAGCGUCCUCGUGCCGUACGAGCCGCCCCAGGUUGGCACGGAGUUCACCACCGUUCUGUACAACUUCAUGUGCAACAGCAGCUGCGUGGGCGGCAUGAACCGGCGCCCGAUCCUCAUCAUUGUGACCCUCGAGACGCGAGAUGGGCAGGUGCUGGGCCGCCGGUGCUUCGAGGCUCGGAUCUGCGCGUGCCCCGGCCGGGACCGCAAGGCGGACGAGGACAGCAUCCGGAAGCAGCAGGUCUCCGACAGCACAAAGAACGGUGAUGGUACGAAGCGCCCUUUCCGGCAAAGCACACACGGCAUCCAGAUGACCUCCGUCAAGAAACGGCGCACCCCGGACGAUGAGCUGUUGUACUUGCCCGUGCGAGGCCGGGAGACCUACGAGAUGCUGCUGAAGAUCAAGGAGUCCCUGGAGCUCAUGCAGUACCUUCCGCAGCACACGAUCGAGACCUACCGGCAGCAGCAGCACCAGCAGCACCAGCACCUGCUGCAGAAGCAGAACGCCAUCCAGUCUCCGUCGUCGUACGGGUCCAGCUCUCCCCCGCUCGGCAAGAUGAACAGCAUGAACAAGCUGCCCUCCGUCAGCCAGCUCAUCAACCCGCAGCAGCGCAACGCCCUGACGCCCACCACGAUUCCCGACAGCAUGGGAGCCAACAUUCCGAUGAUGGGGACCCACAUGGCCAUGGCGGGCGACAUGAACGGGCUCAGCCCCACGCAGACGCUGCCCCCGCCCCUCUCCAUGCCAUCGACGUCCCACUGCACCCCGCCGCCUCCCUACCCCACCGACUGCAGCAUCGUCAGUUUCUUGGCGAGGCUGGGCUGCUCCUCCUGCUUGGACUAUUUCACGGCGCAAGGGCUGACCAGCAUCUACCAGAUCGAGCACUACUCCAUGGAUGAUCUGGUGAGCCUCAAGAUCCCGGAGCAGUUCCGCCACGCCAUCUGGAAGGGCCUCAUGGACCACCGGCAGCUGCACGACUUCUCCUCGCCGCCCCACCUGCUGCGCACGCCCAGCGGCGCCUCCACCGUCAGCGUGGGCUCCAGCGAGGCGCGGGGGGAGCGCGUCAUCGACGCCGUGCGCUUCACCCUGCGCCAGACCAUCUCCUUCCCACCCCGCGACGAGUGGAACGACUUCAACUUCGACCUGGACGCCCGCCGGAACAAGCAGCAGCGCAUCAAGGAGGAGGGGGAGUGA